AUGCGAGAUUCACUCAUGUGCGACAUUCAUCCUUUCGGUAUGUUUGAAAUCUCUCGAACUCCUCAUCACACGAUGACCGAAACCAGCGGAAGAGCAUUUGCUCUGGCCAUCUCCAUAUUGAUGGUAGUGACGGGUUCGCUGAAUACCAUCUGCGCAAAAUGGGCGGACAGUCUAAAAGCAGAAGGCACUGCUUUCAAUCAUCCUUUUCUACAGGCAACGUGCAUGUUUUUUGGUGAAUUCCUAUGCUUAGUCGCAUUCUUUGUCAUUUAUGGUUAUAAGAAACAUCGUUGGAAUGCAGCUAACAUUAGUGGUGAAUCCGGUUCAGUAACCGAUAUCACGUCCGAUUGCGAACCGCAACUACCACCAGUUCAAUCCGUUUGUUUUCUUGCCGCCGGCUUGUUGUGA